CCCACGCCGCCCAUAUGGCCAAGCAUGGAAUCGCCCUCUGCCCCUGUCCCAAGUGUCCCCAGGCUUCUCAAGAAUUCGAUUAAUGCCAACUGUGAAGAGUCCUCUGAUUUGAUUCUUAAAGCAAAGGACUUUGCACAGUCCCCGGAAAACUUGUAAUCACCGGAAGCCAAUAUUACCACUUAUGAUAUGGUCUCCCGGUGAUUGCAGAUUUUCUCCAAAUCACAGCAGUCUUGGAUAUUUGGAGCCCAUUUCAGAUAUGUAACUCACUACGAAAACAUUUGAACUAACUUCCGGAACACCAAGCUAAACAAAAAAAAAUACAAAAUUCAAAGAUGUCUCGUCUAACGGCUGUCGGAAGGAUGUCGCGAUUUGUUUCCGGAUCGCUCCGCUUCAGGACUUUGCAUAUUAUUCGCUGGCGGUCGGAUGACUCCGAUAAAGCAUCACGAUCCAGCUCUCGUAGUGGAAACCGAAGACGCGGAAAAUUCAAUGUCGAUAGCUUCGAUCUAUUCGUCCAUACGGAUCUGAAUUCAAAAGAAACUACUAAUCCUGAUGUCCCUGAUGGAAACGACGAGGAUAUGACGGCCACAUGGAACUUUAAAGCCAACACCCUAGACGAAAAUGCCCAAGCCAAUGAAUCUGAAGUGGGUUUGUACCAAUUUGCCGAGAAUUCCAUUCCCAAGCAAGAGGAUUCUCUCAGCCAGCCCCUGCGGUCUUUACGGAAUCGUCUGGCCGAACAAGUCAAUUCGAACGAACCGGAUCCUCAGUUUAUCGCCCACGUCCAUGAGAACUUGAACGAAAUGAUUAAAGAAAUACGCGAGAUAUCUGAUCUUCUGAGAACCCUGGAGGCAUCGGACAAUCCUGCGAUUGCUAACCUAAACAGUAAGCCCUAUUAUGUGGGGCCUGAGAGUGCUUCAUGGGGUUUUCUUCAUCCACAAAAAGGAUCAGGGCCUGUUGAAUCGGAAACCUGUUCAUUAAAAGACCUCUUAGAGGAAUAUAAUUCUGAGGACGCAGAAAUUGGGAAGGUUUUUCAAACACAUGAGGUUAUAAAUCUUUUGAAAAAGCUGCCUGUCUUUAGAGAGUUGGAGGAAGCUAAACGCCUGGAAGCCGAGGAAGACGAUUUCCAAGAUUCUACAUCUGAAGUUUAUGAAAUAACCGAUGAAGACGCUGACCCUCUUAUUGAGGAUUUUAAAACUCCCUCAAUCUCCGCGUACGAAAUGGACCAGGAAUCGUGUCUACUUGAACAUGAUCCGGGUGUUGGCAAAAGGCAGGCGGUUUGCACCUCAGAGGCCAGAUCUCUCGAGUCUUCGGAUGAUAAAUCGAAGUAUCCUCCCGCAAAACAGAAUCGUCAGAUAACCAAGAAGGCCGGCCACCAAAAUCAGAAGAAACCUAAAGAAGAAAUCCAUACUUACAGACCAUUCAAGACCAUCAUAGUGCCAGUGGAUGAGCCAAAACGCAGUAUUAGCUUCAAGGCCUACAACCAAGAAGCCACUAUAAAAGGCUCUGACACUAUUGUGGAUGAAGUGAAUCCGUUUAUGGACGAAAGUUACAACGUUUGGGCGGAACUUCCGGAGGCCGAGUCGCGGUAUUUAAUGAGAUUGGCUUUGAGGCAGGCCUUAAACAAUUUAGAGGAAGGAAAUAACCAAUAUGUGGCUACCAUUCUAAUGGCCAAGCCAACUGAAAGUACUUGAACUAUUAUUGAUCUAAAAGCUGUCCUCCCUAAAGUUUUGCAGUCUGCCUGGUAACUUCUUAAUAAAACCUGAAAAGGUUUUAAAAAAAUAUUAAUGCCGUAUAUGAGUAAUACCCUCCACCCUAUUGAGACAUUAAAAUAAUUCAAAUGAUUCCAA